UUAGUUCACUGACCAAACCCCUUAACAACGAAUUCAGCUAUUGCUUCCACGACAGUUUCCACCUCGAAUGCUUCACACAGACUGUACUGCACUGCCUUGACAAGGCUCUUGAUCACACGGAAAAGCACGUAUAAUUGUUGAAGAAGAUAAUGUCCGAGAAGGACCUUAAACCAUCGCAGGACCUGACUGUUGUGGUACAGACAUUGCUGCAGCAGAUGCAGGACAAGUUCCAGACCAUGUCAGACCAGAUCAUCGGGCGAAUUGAUGAGAUGAGUACGCGAAUCGAUGAUCUGGAGAAGAACAUCUCUGAUCUCAUGACUCAGGCAGGUGUGGAUGAGUUAGAGGAGGAGAUUAAAGUCUCUGAGACCUCUGGAACCGCUUGAAGGCAAUUACCAACACCAUCUUAACUGCCAAGGAACACAGUGAAGACCUUCUACUGCAGUAUCAGAAUUUUUAAAUGAAAUGUCAAUUAAAUCUUUUUUAAGCAAUUCAUUAAAAAUGGUGCUUGCCCAUGUGUAUUACAUAUUAUAUUACAUAUUGUAAGGUUAAUUGGAUUACUGGUGAGAAGAUUAAGAUAUUAAAAUCUUCUUUUGUAUUUAUUCAUUGUAAUGACAGGGGGAAAUCAUGUGGUUCCUGCAUGUUUUGCUGAUUAUUAAAAACCCCUUAAGAUUA